GUCAUUCAUUCAUACAACUGUCAGAAAGGGAAGGGCUGGGGCGACUCGGGCGAUUUUACUAUUAGACAGUACAAAAUCUUCCGUUUUUAACGGGAAAACGUAUUAACUAAACUUAAUAAUGUGAUGAACAGUAUUCCCAGUUAAGGCGUAUUAGCGCCAAAUAAAAAAACGGCGGUAAAACUAACGUUUUGUUGAUAAUAACCUCGUUCGCAAUAGAGGAAUUGUUUUCACAUAAAAACUCUCCAGGAUCAUGUUGAAGUUCAAAAAAAUGGGUUCGGAUAAAGUGCCAUUGCUCCUUGUGACUGCCAACGUGGGAUCUAUCUUCGAAGACCCAUCAGUAAUGCUCCCAAUAUGGACGUCAGAAUUCCUGCAGGCCGUCUCCCGAAUGGACCCGAAGUUCAUAGCCCUUCAUCUUCAGGAAGUCGGCGGCAAGGCUUAUGAGAAGUCCAUGCAAUACGUCCAGGACUUCGUUCAGAGACUCUGUGACUGCCCAGAGUUGAGGCUCUUCGAUAAGAUCAGGAUAUUUCUGGAUGAAGACUUCAGCUCUCCUGAGAAGUUUACGGCUCUAGGCAACAUGUACUUCGCCCAUUCCUCUCUAACCGACCUGAAGAUCUGGGACUUCGAGCAGAAGGCCUACGUGGAAGCCAUAGGCAAGGAGGUCCAUGCUGGCAACAUUGAGAAGAUCACCACUAAAGAGAAAGCCAAGUUUCCGCAGCAUUUCUUCCCGGAGUGUAAAUGGUCUCGCAAAGGGUUCCUGCGCACGCGCUGGUGGAUCCGCGGCACGGCGGUCGAGUUCGUCAACAUACAUCUGUUUCACGACGCCUCUAACCUGCUGGCUAUUGAGCCUUUUCCUUCUGUAUACUGCAGAUCGCGGCGCCGCGCGUUACGUCACACGUUGCGUCAUCUGCACUCCGACGUCAACGCGGCUCCGUACUUCAUCUUCGGAGACUUUAACUUCAGGACUGAUACCGCGGGCGUUGUUAAGAAGGUGACAGAAGAUCUCUCAGGCAGCCGCCUACAGAACGGCACGAAUGUAGACGCGUGUAAGCUGCAGUACCGCGCCCCUGCAGACGGCAGGCUGGUGCUCACGAUAGGCAAGAAGGAAUUCUCCCAUGUCGACCAUCAGAAGAUAUUUAGGGAGCCUUGGCUGCAGCGCUUCGACCGCGAGCUGGAGGCGCUGCGGCCGCACCUGUACGAGUUCCCCGUCAAGUUCCCCCCCACAUACCCCUUCGAGGAGGACCCGCUGCUGCCCACGCACUACAUGAAGACCAGAUGUCCAGCAUGGUGUGACAGGAUCCUGUUAUCUCAGUCGGCGCGGCUGCUGGUGCAGACGCAGGACACAGCCCGACCUGCUGACAACAGACAUAUGCAUUCCUCUAGGAAAUCAGUGACAGACUCAACAGACAGCAGUGGUCGAGUGUCGUCGUCUGACAGCAGCCCCGCAAGGUCCGGCUCUCCGGCGAGGCAGAAUACACAGGGCAGUCCAGGCAAGACAUUAGAGAAGAAAAGCAGCAUGGCAGAGCUUGAUGCUCUGUCCGUACCUGUCGCCAACAUGAACUUCAGCCGCAAGAGCAUCGCCGACCCCACCAGUGUGCAGCAGGCCAUCAGUGCCAGGAUGUGUGAAGCAGAGGGCACACGUCGGCGACUGGUCCGCAACCAGUCGGAGGGCGAGCCCGCGCCCCGACGCGACCCACACACGCGGCGACGGGUUGCUUACGGCGUCAUAGGAGAUGCUGCUUGUAUGGGGGAUCAUAAGCCAAUCUACUUACGCGUGAUGCUCCAAACGGACCGAGGUAGUACUCCCUGCUGCAACCCCCUCCUCUGUCCCCUCCCCUCCACCCUGUCCCUCACCUCCCGAGCCUCCCCCCUCCCCCGCCUGCCUACAGACCCUGACCUCUACGCGAACAAGAAGCUCAAACUACCCCCCUCUACUAGCCACCCAGACAAAUUAACAGACGAAAAUCUCAAACGUACUAGAACGGGAUCAUUAAACGAAUCUAUGUUUCGAAUACCACAUGUAGAAAUAACUAGUGCUGACGGCAGUUACGAUGGAAUUUACGUUAACGAUAUCGAUAAUACUCUUUUAUCUGUUCGACGAUGUGUCGAUCCUUAUACGCCAGAAAGUAUCGAUUCCCACAGCCCUAAUGUCGAAGCUUCAUCUGGUUCCGAUGAAUUAUCAGUCGAGGUUACAGAAAUAUCGACUAAUAAAUCGACUAAAUUGAGCCGAGACAGAAGUGUAUCACCGACACAGUUAAAGAAUCGAUUAGAUAAGUUGCUCUCGGAUAAAGAUGAUAAGGUCAAAUCGAUACCUGAAAUUCAGAGGUUGAAUAGUCGGGAAUCCUGUAAGUCUGAGGCUAGUAAGAGUAAAGGUGGUUUGUGUUGUUUGGCACUGAAAUGUUAUGGGUUCUGUAGGCGGAAGGCGAGGAAAGUCAAAUGUGAUUGUAGCGGCUUAACCAAGUGUUGCACUUAAAAGCUUAUUUUUUUAUGUUGGGAUACUUAAACGCCACUUAAUUUUAAACUAGAUAAUAUCUUAACGUAUGGUGGAUAAGGUAUUUUUGACGUAUCCUAAUAUAAGUCUGAAGUUAGGCAAUUUAACUGUCAAGUAGUAUUUUUUCUCCUUAAAAGUUUCUACUAUGCUGAUAUUCAACUAAAUUCGGACUUGCCAAGUUACGUCGAAUUAACUGUGAAAAAUAAUUUUAAAAAAGACUUGAAUUUUAGUAGGCGUUUAAGUGUUACAAUAAUAGUAAUGUAUCUGACUCGAUUAGUUUUUGUUUUAGUCGAUUUUUUUAACGAUUAUUAACUUUGAAAUUUAAUUCGACUUUUUUGUAGUGACGGUAAAAAGUAUGGUUUUUUGCAAUGGUAUUAUUAUUUUGUUAUUUUUGGACAUUUUUGAAGUUGAUAAUCGUUUGAUAAUGCAUUGUUUGUGCAGUUUUUAUUUUUCGUAUUUAAUUGUAAUGCACUGUUUUGACUUUUUUUUAUUUUGUAUUAAUUUUUAAUUAUUAUUAUAAAACCUUUAAUAAGGUUUUGUUUGACCAAAAAAUGGUAAUAUUCUUACCGUGGACGCAUGGUAAUUUGAUGCCGCAUGCAUUUUUAACUUGUAACAUAUCAAUGUCCUAUUGAAUCUUAAUUUAAUUAUUCAAUUAAUUUGUAUAAUACUAUUUUAGGUAUAAUCUUGCUACUAGUCGAAAUAAUCUAUCGAUAUAUCGAUUAAACCCUCGAGUCACCACUCUAAAAUAUUUGACAGUCAAAACCAUAGAGUGUUGUGGACUUUUUUUAAGGCAAAAGCAUUAUUCCUAAUUUUCCACUAUUAUUAAUAAUAAAUUAUUGCAAUAUUUUUCUUAAGGGGGGUACUCAAUGCAAUAUAAUAGUUAAUAUUUAAUUUGUUAUUUACUUAAUGACUCAGUUAAUUUAAUAAAAUCUUAUACCAAAUGGUUUGUAAAGUCUAGUCUCUAUGCUCAAGUGGAUCUUAAACGCAUACUCCUUUGAGUAUGUUAAUAUUUGCUUCUAAAAAUUAUGAUUUUGUUGGUUUGGUCUAGGUUGCAUACUAAAGGACAAAUACUCGCUUUCCACCCGUCGUGAAAUAUGCUUAAUCAAUUUUAGCAGAACUUACAAGAAAAAUAAAAUGUGAACAAUAGACUUAGUUCCAUGACCACUAGAACGGGCUUUAUAGCUGAAUCACAAAAGAGUGAAAUAAAUGAGAAAAAAAAACUCUAGCCUGACAUCAUUAAACAUUUUUCGUCCAAAAAGUUUUGCUAAAUUCCUUUACUGUAAAGCAUACCUUUGAGAAAAUGGUUAUAUAAUAAACCAAUAGGCACAGUGCAUAAUGAGAAAUACAAAAUCUUCUAAUGCAAUUUACCUGCACUUCUAAAACGACUUUGUGGUGCAACGGCUAACCUAACAUCAUUCUUAAACUAUAUUUAACCUAGAACAUUUCAACAAAAUACGACACUAAAUAACUUAAAAAGUAUUAUAAAAUAAUUGGUAUUUUAUCUAAAUUAACUUUAACUUAACAGUCACUCUUAGUUACCAUUGUUUUUGGUUUAAAGUCACUAUUUUUAUUUAAGACUGGUAACACUUAUCUUAUUUAAUUUUUCACAGUGGUAAGACCUUACGAUAUUAUUUUUAUUUAAAAAUGUUACUUACGCAUAAUUCAUUACAAUUUAAAUUAAAGAUUGUAACACUUAAAGUAUAAAUAGUAAAGUGUUA